AUGGCUGUUUCGUGGUUUCCUCCACUGCCUCCACAUACUGAUUCCUGGGAAACUCCAUGGGAUCCACCAAUCAGUAGCACCGCUUGGACUCCGCCAGAACCACCUCUAACUGAUACACCUUGGGAGACACCGUGGGAUCCUCCGGUUACAGAGGAAGGAACACAAACCACAGAAAGUGAUCCUAGUACUGUACCACCUCCAUGGACUCCACCACAGGCACCAACAGUACGACCACCUAUAAGUCAAACAGUGCCUCCAGAAUGGGAUACUCCUUCAAACCCGACAGUGAGACCUCCAAUCACAGAAACAACCCCACCAAUGUGGCGGCCACCGCAAAAUCCUACAGUUUCUCCACCAGUCACGGAAUCUUUACCGCCCAAUUGGAGACCUCCAAGUAAUCCCACCAUAUCAGUAACUGAGGAAACCACGACUACCACAACUACAACAACAACUACUACAACAACAACAACUACCACUACUGAAGAAACCGAUGUGACCGAUGAUGCAGAAACAACAGAUACCAUACCUGAUGAUUGGGAUCCACCAGGUGUGCCAACUAUUACAACGCCUCCGAAUCCAUAA